CCGUUCUCUUCCGGCUUUCUCGCUCGCAAAGACCUAAGAAAAAAGACCCAUACCGGCAAGAGACCCAUUGCUGCCUCAGUCCUGCGCUUGCCCUGGAACCGUCCUCCUACCUCGGGCUUUCCGCCGGUCGUGUCAUUAUUACUUGGAUUCUCCUCCGUGGUUCCCGUCUAAGCAUGCUGUCGUAACCGACCUACUAUUCACACACGGUAGCCAUCCUUGUCUGAUCCUUCUGUACAAGUGACGCGUUCUGUCUCCUUCAGAAUUAUAAUCGCAACUGCGGGGCGAGUCCAUCUAUGAUCAUGCCGUCCCCCGAGCUUUCUCAACCGGGGCAGCUCCCCGACAACAUCCAGUCCGACGGUGCUCAGAAUGGCUCUAGGAAUCACAAUGGCGAUGCCGCUUCAGGACCUUCCACGGAACAAGGAACAAACGGAUCUGAUGCGAUCGCGGAAGGAAAACAUAAUGCGAAAGCUGUUUUGGCAGCCUCGGGCGUGUCGUUAACAUCCGCCGGGUCCAGUCAUGACGCGUCUACCGGCUCCCAGUCGGGCAACUCUAAUGGCUCAGCAGCAAGCAAGAAACGCUCGCGUGCCGGCUCCGGUAUUCGUCCUUCCUCGCCGGUGGAAGGAUUGGCGGUGCGUGUACGUGAAACCCCAAGGGAUAAGAUCCUGGCGGAACAGUAUGUCAAUCGCGAGUUCCAACAUUCGGCCUUGACGGCAUGGCACAAUCAAAGCCAAGAGCUAUCGAACCAGAAACGCGCCGAGCGGGACUAUUAUUUGAAUUUACGACGAGAGAAUCACAUGAACCCAGCGGCGCUUUAUGGCGUUGGCUAUGAAGGGUUCGGGAAUGCUCGCACAGACCUGCGAGGUCAGCAUCCUAAACUACUGUAUCCCUCCAACCGGCGUCGACCAGGUAAUCGGAGGACCAGGGAACUGCGGGUAUCACGGAAAGACUUGAAGACGCAGAGCGAACAAAUUGAAGACCUUGUACCCAUUCGGCUGGACAUUGACUGGGAGAAAAUCAAGAUCCGAGAUACCUUCACCUGGAAUCUCCAUGAUCGCGUGGUAUCUCCCGACCUGUUCGCUGAGAAGCUAGUCGAGGACCUAGGCCUCCCUCUUGAAUCGUGUGCCCCGCUUGUGCGGAUGGUUUCGCAAAGUAUCCAGGAGCAGAUCUGCGACUAUUAUCCUCAAAUAUACCUGGAAGAAGAACCUCUUGACCCUCACCUCCCAUACAAUGCCUACAAGAACGACGAGAUGCGCAUUCUUAUAAAGCUCAAUAUUACCAUCGGCCAGCAUACCCUCAUCGACCAGUUCGAAUGGGAUAUUAACGACGCUUCAAACUCUCCCGAAGAAUUUGCUGCUCGUAUGACGGAUGACCUUUCUCUCUCUGGCGAAUUCACCACAGCGAUUGCGCACUCAAUCCGUGAACAAUCGCAACUCUUCACAAAAUCACUCUACAUCCUAUCCCACCCAUUCGACGGACGUCCUAUUGAUGAUCCCGACCUCAAAUCCGCUUUCCUUCCCACUCCACUCUCAUCGUCCUUUAGGCCAUUCCAGGCAGCCAAGGAGUUCACACCUUAUCUCUACGAAUUAAAUGAAGCAGAAUUAGAACGCACGGAGGUUUCAAUAUCGCGAGACCAACGAAGACAGAAACGCUCCGUUAACCGUCGCGGUGGACCCGCGCUCCCCGACCUGAAAGACCGCCAGAGGACUAUCCGCACAAUGAUUGUAUCCUCUGUCAUUCCUAAUUCCGCCUCCCAUAUUGACGAAAGUAACGUUUUCAAGCGAUCUGGAUCGAGUCGUCGCGGGCGUGCUGCUGUCGGGUUGCGGGACACUGGUGAUGAUUCUGAAGAAUCGGACAGCGACGACUCCUCCAUCACAGGCUCCCCCGCGAUCGGUCCUCAUCUGGCUCAAGGCACUGCGCGCACAAGAGGCAUGCGCGGGGCUGCCAGUGCUGCUCACGCCGCUCUGCGGGCGAACCUGGGUCAGUCUGCCACUCCGGAGCCUCACCACGAGGGAAGAGCAUCUGCUCGGAGACGGGACUAUCGAGAAGAGAGCAUCGAAGAGCCAGAGAAACUAAUUGUGAAACUUAAGAUACCUCGUGAGAAGUUCCGUCAGCUUCUUACCCACGGACCACAAUCAAUCCCGAGCCUCUCAGGUACCCCAGCCCCUCAGCCGCCAUCACAUCAAAGCACGCCUCAAAUUAGCACCCCAACUCCAAGCAACAUGGCUCCGCCAUCACAUCCCCAGCCUCAAACCCGUGUCCCAAGUGUCGGUACGCCCACGCAGCGAACCGUCCCCGCGCAACAAAUCGGAGCCAUAGAUGCAACCCAUCCCCCUCAGCCGGGUGUCCCAGGGCCCCCGCCUCCAAAUUGGCUUGCGGCGGGACUUGCGCGGCUGAAACGCUCGUAUCCGAAUGACUCCUUUGAAGGGGUAAUGCGCUACACCGCUGUGGAUACGGAGACAAUGCUCCCGGUAGCCAAUGCUAAUACCGAGCCUGGCCAUAAGUUGAAAUAUCAGUACCUCCCACGUAUCCGGUGUCAUGAUUGUCCAGGCAAACUCUAUACUCCUGGGCCAGGCACAACAGUCGAUAAUUUCGAGGUCCAUCUUCGAAACCGACAACACAAGGAGCGUGUCGAAGAGAGACUCUCCAGGGCCGGCGGUGCAGGAGGCAACGCAUCUUAAAAGUCAUGAACCAAUGACGAAGCAAUCUCAUCUUUUCAUUUUUCUUUUCUGCAUCUAUGUAUACUUUUAAAGAAUUCUUUCCCUUCCUCAUGUGUGCGUACCACUGGAAACAGAUCUUUCGUGGCUUUAUGUAUAUGAUUUGAGCGAUUGGACUUGAGGCUGUAUGUUUUCAUCCUGAAUUUUGUGAUACUCUGGUGAGCUUGGAACUGGUGCUGCUUUCUCCAAUGUCAUGGUCGGCGUAAAUACAGCGUUGUUCGAGACCGGAGCAUUAAGGUCAUUAUAAGGUGUUCAUCCUCUUCAUGUUCUUGGGACCUAUUCACUCGAUACAAUAAAUAAUACAUAUCACCAAUGACAUAUAUAUAUAUCUGCCAGUACCAUAAGAUCUAAGGUUGCACUUACGCAUUGCAUGACUUAAAUCCCGCGCUGUACAUUUAUUUAAGCACCGAUAC